AUGGUAGAAAUUAAGCUCACCGCCUUUGAUGGUGCGAUGGCUGGAGCCGGAGUGAAGACAGAAUCGCCUGCAACGAAAUCGCCAGAGGCUCCACAGCCAAAGGCAAAACGAUCUGCCGGUUCCGGCUUGCAUGGAGCGUUCUUCGAGCCUGUGAAGGACGAAGAAACUGAAGAAAACGAUUACUAUAUGGAAUCGACCACCGGUUUGAGCGUUAUGGAAGAAUGCAAAUCUGAAAGGUACGUCGAAAUUCCAAACGAAGAAUUGUAGUC